AUGAGGGGAGGUUUCGAGCCGCCCCUCGGGAGCCCCCCAACCGGCUCCGGGGCUCCCGUUCUGGCCGGUGUCCGUCCGUCUGUGACGGUUCCCGGCUUGGCCCACGUGCCCCCCUCCCGCCCCCGGCCCGGAGACCCACGCGCCCAUUUCACUUCCUCCUCCGGGGCCCGAGGGUCCCCGGGUCCCCAGCGCGGCCUGCUCCGACCGGGGGCGGGGGGCGGGAUCGGGGCUGCGGUGAGCCCCAGCCCCGUCUCCUCCCCCGCCGGGGGCGGCUGGAAAGUUCACCUGACGGAGCUGCCUGCGCACUGGGGAAAUUUCCAGCCGCCCCCCCCCGCCCCCCGCCCCAAGCUGGGGUUUCUGGUUCCCCGACCGCCGGUUUCGGCCCCGGUGACGCCACUUCCCCCGGGCGACUACUUCCCUUUUCCCACGGGGCCGGGCCCCGGCGCCCUCCGGCCCCCCGGCCCCCCACAUCCCCCCCGUCGGGCUCCUCCCGGCCCCUCCCGGUCCGUCCAGGGCCCGGUCCUCCGGCCGGGAGUCUCGCCCCUCCAGCCGGUCGCUGAUUCAGGCUGCGUGGGGGGCGGGCAGGGCCGUAAGACGGACGCAAGCCGCCCCCGGCCCGGCCCGUCCCAGGCCAUGUGUCCGGCGACGGGCCGCCCGCAGGCGGAGGCCGACCGAAGGGCAGGAGAGGCCGGGCCAGGAGAGGAGCGGGGCGGAGGGUCAAAGGUCACCGCGCCCACACACCGCCCCACCCCGCAGCCCUCCCGCAACCGGGCCCGGGCGCUCGGCCUCUCGGCCACGGAGGAGUUAAUGAGAGCCGGCGAGGAGGCAGAGCGCCGGCCGGGCCGGGCCGGGCCCAGCCACGCCCCCCGGGGGGGCGGGGUCUCUGUGUGCGUGCGCGUGAGCGCCUGCGUGCGCGCGCGCGUGCGCCGACUGGAGGCCGAGGGACAGGGAGACGGGGGCGCGCGCGCGUGUGCGCCGCCUGGGUCCCAGGGUCCACCCGAGGAGGAGGAGGGGCACCUCCUAAUUGCUAAUGACCCCCGGGAGAGGGGCAUUUCAUCUGAGAUGAAACAGGUGGAUGUGGGGGGAAGGCCGGGCGGCCUUAACGUGCUUCCGUCUCUGUCCGUCACUGGCAGUGGGUUCGGACGCGGGGCGGCCCUGGGACACGGACCGACGGGCCUAGGGCCGGGGGGCCACCACGCCGAGCACCUGCCGGCCUUGGCCCCGGCUGGGACGGAGGAAAUCUGUGUCUGUCCGUCCCAGCCCCAUCCCCCAACGCAGCUCGGCGGCCGCCUGUCAUUGGCGCGGGCGCCCCUGGCAACGGGCGUGGCGGGCGGGAAGGCGGGGCUACGGGUAACACCCGGUCUCCGGGGCUCCCCGCCCCUCCGGGGGCUCGGCCGCACCCCCCACCCCCCCGGGCCCUCGGCCUUAUCUCGCAGGCCGGCAGGCCGGUCCCGGCUGGGGCCCGAGGUGGCCGGACAGGCUGAGCCAGCCUGGCAGGGCUGCGGGCCCAACAGUCGCCCUACCUUCGGGGAGCCCAACCGCCCGCCCGCCGCGAACCCCCAAAAGGCCGGAUCCCCUUUCCUCGCCUCCUUCCUCCCGGUGGCUGAUGAUGACACCGCCACCGCCACCACCGGGGACUCGCUAUUUCUGCCCCGGGCCCGGGCCCCUCGGCCUCCCUCGGACCCCGGGGGGGGCGGCCCCUCGACGGCUCGAGCCGCCGCUGGGCCCCCCAUCCGUCCGUCGGGCCGUCCGUCGGCUGGCCCGGUUGUCCGCCCUCCCCGGCCCCGAGCGGUCCUUUCCUUCCGGACCCCGGUGCGGUCCGGCCCGGCCCGGGCCCCCGCCUCCCUCCCGGCCGCGGGCCCUUUAAAUCGCUCCCACCCCAACGGGGGCCCCCAGAAUGAGGAGCGGGAGGGGGGGCAUUUAAAGGGACGACCCCCGGGGGUGUCCCCGGUCAAGACGAUCCAUAUGGAGGAAGUUGGGAUUCCCUGCGUCUCCCACAUUCACCCCAGCCCUUCCCUCUGA